AUGGGUAUAUUUACACCGCCAGGAAAAUCUGACAAGAGAGACGCUAAUGAGGAGAAGCCAACCCUCCUCGGUUCUAAUUCAAAGGAUGAAACAGAUGUGGAAAAGUUUUGGGUGCGACCAAGUCUUGGUCUCAAAUUGUGGGGGCCACUGGUGCCGGCAUCGGACAAUAAGACCGGUCUUUGGACUCUGGUAGCAGUACAGAGUAUGGUUGGGCUAUUAUGUUUUUACAGAUUCAAAUCAUUGCGCAUAAUAGAUAGGAAUGGGGCACUAAAUAGUGUCGGUAAAUCUGGUAUACGACCAACUAGUGUCCUGGUGAAUGAGCCAAAAUUAUAUAAUUCAGCUUUCACACAGCAGGAGGCAGUAUCAGGUAAACCUCUAGUUAAGAAAGACAUUGCAGAUUUCCCAACACUUAAUAGAUUCUCUACUACUCAUGGGGAUAUGUUUGUUAACACAACUAAUGUCAAUCGCAACACCCCCUCACUAUCAGCUGCACCUGUAGUUGCAUCUCCCGUUUUGAGCUCUGCUGGACAUCAGAGUGAGAUAAUGGCAAAAUCUGAAGCUAAAAACAAUUGGAAGUCCUUUUUCAAAUCAGACAAUUGGUUAAUAUUCAAGAAAGUGUUUUACCUUUUAGCAGGUUCAAUUAUACUAUCACAAUCUAUGCUUGAGGCAUGUAGACUUACAAUCCUUAGGUAUGACCCCUGGUGUGAAGAAGCCAAGACGGUAAGAGAAAAGAAAUUCUUCAAUAAUAUUGUGAAAUUCUAUCAUGAGGGAAUUGAUCCCACCAAAGUGAAGGUCAAGGAUGCUGUUAGUGGGAACAUCAUGCCAACUAAUGUGCCAGAAGUGAGACAAAGUGUAGCAUUGGUGAGGGCACAGACUGAGGCUGAAAAUCCAAUAAUUUCUUGGUUUGGCCCAAUAGAGUAUAAGCCAAUGACUUUUUCAGAAUUUCUUGACCGAUUGGAGUAUCACCUUGAUAUGUUUGAGUAUUUUCAAGGCAAGAGAGCCGCCAAUGAAACAGCAUUAGGCUUUUUGACAGGAAUAAAGACAGAGACAUCGAAUUUAAGAGAUCAAAAUGCUCAAAAUAGAAGUCGGAUUUUAAAGGAACUAAAAUCCGAAGAUCAAUUAAGCAAUGAUUUGAGCAUUAAGACUGGAAAUGCAAAGAUACCGAAAGGUACUCAGAGACAUGGAUUUUCAGCUGCUGCCAAUAGAUCUAUCAUACUAGAAGAAGAUGUGGCAGUUCCGGAAGAUAUAGACCUUAAUGAAAUUUGGACACUUUAUGACCCGUGGCUAAAUUUAGCAUUAGAAACCUCAUUGAGCAUCAAAUUCAUUCCUACUGUACUAAUUAAUCAGGAUGGUAUUACAGAAAAUAGCAUGAUGGAUACCGAAGCUACUAUAGGCGACAAGGCAGGUGUAAUACCAGAAAAUAGUAACAAACCUGAAGAACCUCGUCAAUAA